AUGACUACAACUGCAGAACGAAGGUUCAUCAACCUCAGGAAACGUCUAGAUCAGCUGGGCUAUCGGCAGCCAUUGGGAGUGGAGAGUUUACCUUUGGUGGAAAAGCUUUUUAGUGACUUAGUUCACACAACUGAAAGCUUGCGAAGUGCAAAGUUAUCUGCUGGGAAAACUGAUAAAGAAUGGAGCAGUUUUGAUGCCAUUUUGGAACCUUAUAAAACAGAGAAUGCUCGAUUUAUCAAGGAAAAUAAUGAACUACAUUUAGAAAUCCUAAAACUGAAAGAGCAAUCUGAUCAUCACGUUAAAGAUUUGAAAGCAGCCUUAAGGAGGGUUGAACAUGAAACAGCUGACUUGAAAUUUCUGAAUAACCAAUAUGUACAUAAAAUUAAAAUGCUGGAAAAAGAGAACAAAGCCAAGACUGAAAAAAUUCAGCAGCUUCAGGAGAAGAAUCUGCAAGCAGUGGUUCAAACACCUGGUGGCCGAAAAAGGAGCAUUCCCUUCAGGCGUCAACGCAUGCAGAUAGACCAGCCUGUCCCCCCGUCGGGUGUUAGUGCCUAUCCAGUUCCUCAGCCAGAGGACCCUUACAUUGCAGACCUUCUUCAGGUGGCUGAUAAUAGAAUUCAUGAACUUCAGUCGGAAGUAACAGAGCUACAGGAAAAACUGGAGAUCUCUGAACGUGGAAUGAAAAAUUAUAGCAAACAGGUUGAGCUAAGAGACAAAGAAAUAGAGCGCCUGGUGCUAGCAUUGGAUGGUGGACGCUUUCACGAGGUUACCUUGAUGGAAUCGAGAAGUAAAAGCAAUGAGAAGGUUAUCAGCCAUUUGAAUUUGCAGGUAAUGGAUUUAUUGGUGUAA